GCAUAGUGGAGUUAUCUCAGCAACAACAUUGUUACUCAGUCAUCGUAGUACUAAUAUUCGCAAGUAGACUAAGCUCACGAAAUUCAUGUCCUCAGCGGUUGCUUCUAUCCCUCGUCCCAUGAUGUUAACAGCAGCGAUCACGAAUACGCGGGGCCGUUCGGCGACCAACAAGGGCCAGCACGGGAGCCCUUUCUGGAGCGAGAGACUGCAAGAGUACGUCUUUUCAUCUGACGUCGAGUCUCUUUCGAGCGACAAUGGAGAAAGCUCUUCAUCAUCAAUUGAGAUGAACUACAACUCAACGUCGAACGUUCAUCAUGGUGGAAAGAAGCAGCUGCAGGUCUUUACGAACGACAGCGCAAAGAACGUCAAUUUAGGGGUACUCGGAGAGCGUCUAUUUCGAGAUGCAAUGAGUGGAUGGGACGAAGAUCAUCAACUCGAAGUUGAUGAUAGGAAGCAAGAAUAUUCCUAUUUCCGGGAUACGACAUCGGCGACCGGAAGAGGCGAGUCUUCCUCGUCCGCAUCUUCGUCGGUGGACAUCGAGGACGUGUUCUCCUACGCAAAAGACCGCAGCUGUAUUGUAGUUGGCACUCCUAGUCGAGCUGAAGGAAGCGGAAGUGGAAAAGGAGCUAGGAGCAAUAGUGGUUCCGCGUCUGCUUCGUACAGAAGCUCUUCCGGCGGCUACGGUCCCCCGCUACAACAAGGCGCUACUCAUUUGCUGAAUAGAUCAGCCCCUUCGUGGAGCAAUGGAGGAAGCCGUGCGCUGGUUCGUGCGCAUGAAAAGGAUAGCCGUACGCAUCUGCCUUUUGGAGGCAAAGUAGAUGAUAGAUCUUUAUUACUGAUGAAUGUCGAGGGGUUUCAUCAAGCACGCGCAGUACGAGAGAUAACGCCAGUAAUGGCGGCUCCUGUGUCACGGCGAACGCGACAGUCAUGGAACGAUCGGAAUUAUGGGGAAACUGCAGCUUCCCUCUCGGCCGUGCAGGACGAUCUACAACUCGUGGACGUCAGGGCUGAGAAAGCCGAGCAGGAGACUGCCUUGUCGCCAGCGGAGGAGUUGACAACGGAGGUUCAGACAAGACAAACAAGAGAUUCGUCGUCAAGGAGCGACGAAAUGGCGACACUACUAGAAGACGGAAAAAAUUAUACCGGAAAGCCAAGUCGUGACAAUAAGAGCUUGCGAUUUGAAUUUGAGCCCGACCAAAGGGAGUUUUCAAGUGGCCAAUUCGUGCAUGAUAAUGAUGCGCAGGAAGGUGCCCGUCUGGCGUCUACCUAUUCUGCAACGUCAAGUGGAGGCGGAUAUCUCCGAGGUGAGGGCGAAGCCGCACCUCCUGAAACCUCUGCGCUCAGUUCUGUAGCGGAGCAACCAGACCCCUCACAAAUUUUAGAGUCCUACUUCUCUAGCUAUGGAAGCUCGACGUCUACUACCACUUCGCCUUAUGGUGCGUCGGACCAUACAACUCCAUACGGCGGAUCGACGUACGGAUACGGACCAUACGGUGACUCGAGUGCAGUGACCGACGCUGCUGAAGUUCUUACUCAGAACUAUGACGAGAGCGAGCAUCUGCAUCACCAUCACCACCAUGAUGGCCAUCAGGGGCACCACCAUCACCACCACCACUUUGGAGAGGAUCCGUCUUCGCACCAUCAUCGAUAUCAUCAUCACCACCAUCACCAUUAUAGUGAUGGUCGUCCCAGGUUUGAGCACAAGUAUGAGGACAACAUGCGGCGUCUGAUUGCGCGGUGUCCCCGGCUUUUGCCGGACGAGGAUAUCGCUUUCCCGGAGGGUUUGGAUAAGCCCGUAGUGGAGAAACCUGACCUGAAGCCAAACCCGAAGCUGUUUCGGAAACCUGAGUUCAAAGAUCAGUACGGGGACGAAAUCACCAUCAGUCCCAUUGCUCUACACACGGGCGUGGCCCCAAGGUUGGGCAGCCAGAGAAAUAUGGGUCUUCCGACCGCGAGUUUCAAUAUAGGUCCUCCCAGUGACGACGAAGGGGAGGACGAAGACGCCAAAAGGGCAAGGAAGAAGUACUGGAAGGGCGUGCUCUUGCCUGAAAAGUGCUUUGAUCCGUUGCCGGCGAAAGUCGGGUUUGCCUCCCUGGUGGGAGUCCCAGACAUCAGGGACCCUCUGUUCACGAGUCCGAAACUCGACACCUCGUCCAUAGCGCGGGUGCGUGCGCUGCCAAUUGUAGGGCCACCGUCCCUACAACGGCUCAAAGGGGAGGCGAAGAAGCUAACCCGAAAACUCUCAAAGCACGACUUGGGACAGCCUCUUCACAAACCACAGCACCACCACAUCAAACAUCAUCAUGUCGGGUCGUCCUCGGGGCACCAGAAUCCUACGCAUCACCAGCAGCACCACCAGCAAGACAAGCACCAACAUCAGAAACAUGUCCAACACCAUGAUGGUGACAAGCAUCUACAUCACCAAAAAGGGCAAAAGUCCACAGAUUCAGAUACUCCUUCUAAAAACGGGGUUACUAAAACAAAUGUUCUUGUUGGUAAUGGUAUACAACCAGAUUCUAUUAACCGCAAUGUACUGGUAGUUGGCCAGCAAGCCCCCCAUCAUGCUGAUCUUCAACUACACAUCAAGGACGAGAAUCAUGUUGACCAGAAGUUGUGGGAAGGAACUAACAGCGAAUUAAAGCCUAGAGGAAAGGCGCUAUCCAGAGCAAAGACUAGCUCAGCGCUAGAUGACCGCAGGAGCCGCCAGUCCUCUGCCGAUGACAUCAAAGAAGAUAGUCGCGAGAUGAAAUCUAAAAAGGAGAUGAGGAGAAUGAGGACGAGUCUCGAACUCGAUUCCCGAGAUGGAUCCCUGUCACGAGAGAAACGCUCGAGCAAGAAUUCCAAAGGAGACUUUUCCUCGUAGCGCAUCAACCCUGUUGUAGUUUGACGCGUAGAUAUGCCCUAUUCGUGAUCACGAACACAUACCAAUUUCUUGCAGAUCGCCUUUGUAGAAUAUUACACGCAUCUGAGCACCAUUGCUAGAAAGAAUUGAAUUUGUAUUUUUAUUAAUUUCGCACAUCAUCAUCAAUUAUGAAGAUUUAUUUCGCGAGCAGGAUAGUAGAAGACUUCAGACGAUGUCGUUGUUAGAAGUCUCUAUCAAGCAUGUGACUUUCAGAGGAGACGAGCAGUUACAGAUGUGCAGGUGGCGUCGGGAAAAUGUAAUGAAAACCGUCUGCAAGAGUAGCAGGUUGCAAAGAAAAACUAAGCAAGAUUUGAAAAGCGCGAUAGUACAGUCUUUCUUGAAAAUUAAUAUGAGUAAUGAUGCAUCGCUAUUUAUGAAAUUGCAGCUCUUGAAGAUUUGUCC